UUCUGUAGGCGUUGCUGAUCCCGAGGACGGAGAGUUCCGGAUUGGAAUGGAAUACAGUUCUAGAAAGUCGGUCGUGGCAGCAAUUAGAAGUUACACUAUCGCUAGAGGAGUUGACUACGACGUGUAUGAGUCUAAGCCACAGACGUUCUAUGCAAAAUGCAAGAUGUAUGGGCGCGGGUGCGACUGGCUAAUCCGAGCCAGCUUGAUACGGAAAAAAGGUUGUUGGGAGAUACGCAGAUACAACGGUAGGCACACGUGCACGAUGGGAGUGAUUUCACAGGAUCAUUCCAAGUUGGACUCGGACACAGUUGCUGAGGCUAUAAGGCCAUUGGUCGAGACUGACCCGUCCAUAAAGGUGAAAACUAUAAUAGCCGAAGUCCAGUCAAGGUUCAACUAUACCAUCAGUUACCGAAAGGCUUGGUUGGCAAAGCAGAAAUCCAUAGCGAAAGUUUUCGGUGAUUGGGAAGAGAGUUACCAAGCCUUGCCGUGGUGGCUCUCGGUUAUAGUUCAGAAGAUGCCUGGGUCAGUUGUCCAGAUAGAAACACGCCCACUCUACAAUGGGAAUGAAGAGGCGCAAGGGGUAAAAAUACUUCAUCGCGUAUUUUGGAGUUUCAAUCCAUGCGUUAGGGCAUUCAGGCAUUGCAAGCCCCUAGUUCAGGUAGACGGAACACACCUAUAUGGAAAGUACAAAGGUACACUUCUGGUAGCUGUUGCACAAGAUGGGAACCAAAACAUUGUGCCUAUCGCUUUUGCCUUGGUGGAAGGGGAGACAGCUGAUGCGUGGCACUUCUUUCUAAGGAAUCUGCGAAUGCAUGUUGUUAGAAAAGAUGGUGUGGGUAUCAUCUCGGACCGGCAUGAGUCAAUUCGAGUAGCAGUAAAUCGUUCCGGAGGUGAUUGGCAACCUCCAAGAGCAUGGUGGAUGUUUUGUAUAAGGCACAUCGGCAGCAACUUCCUACGCGCAUUCAAAGUCCCUCACUUGCAGAAGCUUGUGGUCAAUAUUGGGUAUUCAAGAACGGUGGAGGAGUAUAACAUCAACUAUAAGAGGUUGGAAGAGCGAGGUGAGGCAUAUGCCAGGUGGUGCGAUGCCAUUGGGCUUAGACAUUGGGUAUUGGCAUUCGACGAGGGACAUCGUUGGGGCCAUAUGACGACGAACCUUGUCGAGUGCAUUAACUCAGUGUUGAAGGGUGCCCGUAAUCUACCUGUUCAACCGAUGAAUGUUCCACCUUUUAUACGUGAGUUGGAUCUCAAUGCCAUGCAUGCACCGAAAUUUUCCGGAAUAUGCAAACAUAGGUACAUGAUGACUGAAUAA